CUGAUCCCCAAACCGAGCCUCUGGCGGACUCCACCAGCCUCUGAUGCCUUCUUCACAAACCUGGGCCUCUCCUGCCCCAUCCCUAAACAGCUUCUCAGCAACACAGGCCUCCCAAACUCUUGCCCCUCCCCCUCAGGCCUUUCUAGUCUCCUUACCAGCUGUAAGGCCUGGCCAGGCAUCUUACUCCUCACCUCCCGCCUCCCACAUACCAACCGACAACAGACCUACUAGGCUAUUUCACUCACUUAUUCUCCUGCCCCACCCCAUCCAUGGAGACCCCUGGACUGGUGCAUGGGGAGGCUGAGCCCUUUUCCAAAGCACUCCGAAGCCUCGUCAACAACCGCCUAUACAGUGAUGUUUGCUUUGUGGUCGGUCAAGAACGGCAGGAGGUGUUUGCCCACCGGUGCUUGUUGGCCUGUAGAUGCAACUUUUUCCAGCGACUUCUGGGCCCAGAGCCAGGCCCUGGGGUGCCUAGCCCGGUGGUGCUAAGUACUGUACCAGCCGAGGCUUUCCUGGCAGUGCUGGAGUUCUUGUAUACCAACAGUGUCAAGCUGCACCGCCAUUCUGUGCUGGAGGUGCUGACAGCAGCUGUGGAGUAUGGGCUGGAGGAACUGAGAGAGUUAUGCCUGGGGUUUGUUGUGAAGGUGCUGGACGUGGAGCUGGUCUGUGAGGCCCUGCAGGUGGCUGUAACCUUUGGCCUGGGACCAUUGCAGGAGCAUUGCAUAGCCUUCAUAGAGGCCCACAGCCAGGAGGCCCUUCGGACCCGCGGCUUCCUGGAGCUGUCGGCGCCCGCGUUGCUGCCCCUGCUGCGCAGUGACAAGCUCUGCAUGGACGAGGCUGAUCUCAUCCUGGCGGCCAGGAGCUGGGCGCGCGUGGGCGCGGCGGUGCUGGAGAGGCCUGUGGCCGAGGUAGCUGCCCCGGUAGUGCGGGAGCUGAGACUGGCCCUGCUGGCCCCCGCAGAGCUGAGCGCCCUGGAAGAGCAAAACCGGAGGGAGCCACUCAUCCCGGUGGAGCAGAUCGUGGAGGCGUGGAAAUGCCACGCUCUGCGCAGAGAUGCGGCCCGAGGGGCCUCGUGCCGCCGCCGGAGGGGCACCCUGCCCCGGGAGCAUCACCGCUUUCUGGACCUGCCAUUUAAGUGACCGAAGGCCACGUCUUGCGAGGAAUUCUGCGCCUGCCUAAACUACAUCUCCCGACAUGCUCGGCCCUCUGAGCGGGCUUCCGCUCCCGGCAUGCUCGGUGAGCCGGGCGCGGGAAGAGCCGCGGGCUGCUGGGCGCGGAGCUCUGCGGGCGGGCGGAGGAGGAGGGCUAGGCUGGAGGAAAGGGCGUGGGCGUGGGCUGGGCCCAGCCUCCUGGCCACGCUGAAAACCGAAAUCCUUUCCCCCGCACCGCACCCCGACUCUCCCCCGGGCCCCUGGGCACUCUCGUCCGCCCCGUUUACUUACAACCACCUCAUAGCUUUUCGGCUCAGCCCCUUAGAUCCCAGACCUGCAUCCUGGAGAUCUCUUUCUAAAUGCCCCACGGAUACCUCAGGCCCAGUUCAAAGCCGAGCUUCCUCGUCUUUGCCCAGGCCGAUCCCAGCAGUGUUUCUCAUGGCCUGGGCCCUGGGUUUCCUCCGGGCCUUAUUCCCCUUCCUCACACCGGCUCCCCGCCUUCUACCUCGUCAGACACUGAAGGGUACGGCCUGCGCCGAGCUAAAAUACGCCUUUUGGGCAUAAGGGUUAUUUUAAGCUGAUUAUUUUGAGAAACCGGAGAAGCUCUGAAAAUAGAGUACAAGUUACCCUUUUGUAAGGGAAAUUUCUAUUUAUAAAGGAAAUCUCCUUUUGUAAGGGUGCCUCACUCUUCGUGCCAGGAAAGGGAUGACUAACUCGGAAGCAGCUUAUCAGUGAAGGUACCGCCGAAAUCUGCCUGAUAACCUUACCCGUGUUUACUGGGCUUUUCCUAGUGGCCCCCUCACUUUUCUUUCUUUUGUCUUUAGCCGAAGAUGGUAUCUAAGCGGGUGUUUUAGGCCACCUCAGGGAGCUACUCAUUUCCCCCUGGGUAUCGCCCAUGUAUACGUGAAGUGUACAUGUUAAUAAAUUUCUGUUUGUUUUACUCUUA